AUGCGAAGGGUGAUUGUUGUUGAUGGAACAUUUCUGAAAAAUAAAUACAGAGGAGUUCUACUUGUUGCUACUGCUGUAGAUGGUAACUCUAAUUUGUAUCCGAUUGCAUUUGGGGUUGUUGAUUCGGAUAAUGACGAUUCAUGGGGGUGGUUCUUCAGACAGUUGAAAGUGGUUAUUGCUGAUUGUCAAGACCUAGCUUUUACAAAGGGGUUGACUGCCUUGGUGGAAAAGGUUUCACGGGCAUACAGGUCCGCUGAAUUUCAGGAACGUAUCACUGAAAUUUUUGAAAUGAGUCAUGAGCUUGGAAGAUAUCUGCGGGAGGCUGAUGUGCGCAAAUGGGCUUGUUCUCUCUUCCCUGGUGAAAGGUAUGACAUUAGGACCACAAACCUUGCAGAGUCCAUAAAUUCAGUUCUGAGAAUACCUAGAGAAUAUCCGGUUAUUCCUUUGCUAGAUAGUAUAAGAGAACUGUUGACUCGAUGGUUCUAUGAGCGUCGCUUGGUGAGCUCUAAGCAUCUUGAUCCUUUAACCACUAAGGUGGAGAAAAAGAUUGAUAGGAGAAUUGUGAAGGCAAAAAGCUUAUCGACUCCAAUCAAUCACGUUUUUGUUGGCACAGGCAUGGAAGUGCACAGAUUUACUGACGGCUUAUACACCGCUGCAGCGUGGAGAACCGCCUAUGUGGACUCAAUUAAUCCAAUCGCAGUUCCUGAGUGUGAAUGGAAUGUCCCUGGAGGUUAA